CAUGAAGGUGUUGUUCUUAAUCACUGCAAUCCUAUUCGUCCAAUUGACAUUGGGAACAGACAACAACUUUUGUAAAAAUACCCCUCUUCCAAAGAUUAAGCUCAACAGCUUCACUGUCAGUGAUUGUGGCAGUGCUCCUGGACAAAUAUUUGAAGUAAAAAUAUCCAGUGUGAAGACCCCGAUUUGUCUGAAAGGCGAUUUUCACAUCUCUGGGCAACAUCCAGGCCGGUUUUCUAUCGUGUACAAGGCAGCGAUUUCUGGGAAAAUCAUGGGUUUUAUUCCUUACGCUUUAGACAUCCCACUUUGCAAAAAUCCAGACGGUGCGAAAUCAUGUUAUCAGACAGUUGACUGCGAAGAAGUAAAAGAGCUUCUUGGAGAUCCAAACGCAAAGGUUGAAAACCAUGCCUGCAUCUUAAAAACUGGUGACAUUAAAUUUCUUAUCAUGGCAAACAUGAAGGGACCUUUGCCAGUUUCGUCAUCUGUCGUAGCCGGAAUAUCGAAUACCAAAGUGAGCACUCAGGUGGAUGCAACAGAUAUUCACCUGCCAAACAAUUACGUCAAGAUUGCAUGUAUCGGCCAGGACAUGGCAAUUAAGAUUAAAUCUUAACACUCUCAGGAGCUGUGGAAAACAUAGAGCAGUUGAGGAGUGUGUUGUUCUAAGAAUAAAAGCACUGAAUUGA